UGGGCUCCGCUCCGCGCAGCACCGCGGACGGGAAAAAAAGGGGAAAACACCCCAAAAUAAACCAAACUCUCACAGGCUGUCCUCCUUGCUGCAGGAUGAAUUAGGAAGGCAAAGCCUUUUCCUCUGAGCCAUGGAGACGAGGGCAUCCUUCAUUGCCAGCAUGAGAGAGACCCAGCACCUCUCCCCAGAGAAGGAUCCCAGCCCUGCCAAUGGUGAUGGGGAGCAGUUUGAUUCAGAUGAGGGCUCCAGCAUUGAGGACGCAGACUUCAACUGGGACGAGUUCCUGGAGGAAACAGGAGCCAGUGCUGCUCCCCACACCUCCUUCAAACAUGUUGAAAUCAGCCUUCAAAGCAGUUUCCAGCCAGGGAUGAAAUUAGAAGUGGCCAACAAGAGCAACCCAGACACAUACUGGGUGGCCACCAUCAUCACCACCUGUGGGCAGCUGCUGCUGCUGCGUUACUGCGGCUACGGCGACGACCGCAGGGCAGACUUCUGGUGUGAUGUGAUGACUGCAGACCUGCACCCCGUGGGCUGGUGCACGCAGAACAACAAGGUCCUGAUGCCUCCAGAUGCAAUCAAGGAGAAAUACAUGGACUGGACAGAGUUUCUCAUCCAGGAUCUGACCGGCGCCAGGACAGCCCCUGCGAAUUUGCUGGAAGGUCCUCUGCGAGGAAAAAACCCUGUAGACCUCAUUACAGUUGAUUCCUUAAUAGAGCUGCAGGAUUCCCAGAAUCCCUUUCAGUACUGGAUAGUUAGUGUGGUUGAAAAUGUUGGAGGAAGAUUACGCCUUCGCUAUGUGGGAUUGGAGGAGACUGAAUCCUAUGACCAGUGGUUGUUUUACUUGGAUUGCAGACUUCGACCAGUCGGUUGGUGUCAAGAGAAUAAAUACAGAAUGGACCCACCUGCAGAUAUCUAUUCUCUGAAGACUAUAACUGAGUGGAAAUGCGCUCUGGAAAAAUCCCUUAAUGAUGCAGCAAAUUUUCCUCUUCCAAUGGAAGUGUUCAAGGACCAUGCUGAUUUGAGAAACCACUUCUUCACUGUGGGGAUGAAGCUGGAGGCAGUGAAUAUGAGGGAGCCAUUUCAUAUCUGUCCUGCAUCAGUGACCAAGGUUUUUAACAAUCAUUAUUUACAAGUGACCAUUGAUGACUUGAGACCUGAACCCAGCAAAAUCUCGAUGCUUUGCCAUGCAGAUUCCUUGGGGAUCUUGCCAAUACAGUGGUGCCUUAAAAACGGAGUCAAUCUCACACCUCCCAAGGGUUACUCUGGCCAGGACUUUGACUGGGCAGAUUACCAGAAGCAGUGUGGAGCUGAGGCAGCACCUCACCUGUGCUUUAGAAAUACAUCCUUCAGCCGUGGCUUCACCAAGAACAUGAAGCUGGAGGCAGUGAACCCCAGGAACCCUGCAGAGAUUUGUGUUGCUUCCAUCACCUCGGUGAAAGGACGGUUGAUGUGGCUGCACCUGGAAGGUUCACAGAUGCCCUCUCCAGAGUACAUUGUUGAUGUGGAGUCAAUGGACAUUUUCCCUGUUGGGUGGUGUGAAGCAAAUGCUUAUAACCUCACCCCACCACACAAAGCUGUUUUGCGAAGGAAGAGGAGAAUUGCCGUUGUGCAACCAGAAAAACAGUUACCAUCCACAGUGCCUGUUGAGAAAAUACCUCAUGACCUCUGCCCAGUUCCUCAGCUAGACACAACAGGCACCAUCAAUGGGAGAUACUGCUGCCCCCAGCUCUACAUCAACCACCGCUGCUUCUCAGGUCCAUAUUUAAACAAAGGCAGGAUUGCAGAGCUACCUCAGUCUGUGGGGCCUGGCAAGUGUGUGCUGGUCCUCAAGGAGGUUCUCAGCAUGGUGAUCAAUGCAGCUUACAAGCCAGGGAGUGUUUUACGAGAACUGCAGCUUGUGGAAGACCCUCAGUGGAAUUUCCAGGAGGAAACACUUAAAGCAAAGUACAGAGGGAAGACGUACAGGGCGACCGUGAAGAUCGUGCGGACGUCGGACCAGGUGGCAGAUUUCUGCAGGAGGGUCUGUGCAAAGCUCGAGUGCUGCCCCAACCUCUUCAGCCCUGUGCUGGUGGCUGAAGUCUGCCCCGAGAACUGCUCCAUCCACACCAAAACCAAGUACACUUAUUAUUAUGGGAAGAGGAAAAAAAUCAUUAAGCCACCGAUUGGGGAAAAUAACAACAUGAAAAGUGGCCAUGUCAAGCCAGCCAGACGCAGAAAGAGGCGGAAAUCCAUCUUUGUGCAGAAGAAAAGGAGAUCAUCAGCUGUGGAUUCGAAUGCUGCAGGCUCUGCAGAGGAGAGCGAGGAUGACGAGGCGGACGCGAUGGAGGACGAGACGGGCAGCGAGGAGACGAGCUCGGAGCUGCGAGACGACCAGACCGACACGUCCUCGGCCGAGGUGCCCUCGGCCCGGCCCCGCAGAGCCGUCACCCUGCGGAGCAGCACCGAGCUGGAGCGGCCUCCUGGCACCGAGAGAGCCCGGCGGAGCCGCAGAGCCCAGCCCCAGCCCUGCAGCGAGGCAGAGAAGGGCACGCCAGCCAAGGAGGAAAUUAAGCAAGAAGAGGAAGAGAAGCUCGUCCUGGAUAGUAACCCACUGGAGUGGACUGUGACUGAUGUUGUGAGGUUUAUUAAACUCACUGACUGUGCACCCCUUGCCAAAAUAUUUCAGGAGCAGGACAUCGAUGGUCAGGCACUCCUGCUGCUGACACUGCCCACGGUGCAGGAGUGCAUGGAGCUGAAGCUGGGUCCAGCCAUCAAACUGUGCCACCAGAUCGAGCGAGUAAAAGUUGCUUUCUAUGCACAGUAUGCCAACUGACUGCACUUCUCCAUUCCUUCCUGUGCCCCUCCUUGUUCCCGAUCUUUUUUUACCAUUUCAACUUGUUCAAGGGGUUUUCUUCCCCCAUAUCCUUUUUGUUUUCUGAGAACAAGUGGAAUUGGAAGCACUGGGAAUUAAUGCGUAGGGGGAAGAAAAACAAACACAAAAAGAAAAAGAGCUACAAAUGGAACUCACUUUUCUGUACUUGUGAAGCACAUGGAAAGACUGCUGGCAUCUCUCCUCGUGAGCCUCUCCAACUCAUUGUCCAUUGGUGCAAGGCCAGCAUGGAUCAGGUGUUUUGUCACCAUACCAAACCUACACAUUCCCAAGGAGAAGGGUCAGACAUUUCCAGGUGGCCACGGUUUGUCUAGGACAACUUCUGGACAUGAACAUUUCUGUUAGACAACUCUGACACUCUUCUUUCAUAUUGAAAUGUAAGUCAUCAUUUGUAGCUUUACCUGGGGUUGAACUGCAAGUUUGACCUUGGUGAUGAAUGGACUUUUUUUUUUCCUCCCACCUCUCUGGUUUUACAAAAGGAAGAAGUGUUACAUCAGGCAUAUAAUGGUUAUUCCUGGCUGAAUUUUGAGAGGGGACUCAAGCCAUGGUCUCUGUGAUAUCAGACAAAAUUGCAGUGGACUGACAGGAGUGACACAAGACCUGGUGGGGCAGCAGCACAUCCUGAGCCAUUCUGGCUCUGCACAAUCAACUGAAUAUGUCUGUGAUAGCAGCUGUACAAUGCUCCAUUCUUGUACAUUCUUGUCACAAUCUUAACUCUUAAACCCAAGUCAGUUUAAAGACCUGUCUUUGAGCCAUAUGGUGACAGCAGACUGACAGGGACUCCUGCUGACCCCUGUGCUCAGAAGAACCUACUGACCAACACCAGGCUGCAGCUGCUGCCUUCGCCUUCAUUGGUUUCCUUCUUAAAUUCUUUGGAGAAGAGGAGGGAACCUUGAGAUAUAAAUACUGUGGAAUACAUCCAGAUAUUGCCCAGAGAGUGUUUUAGACAAGAAGCAUUGACUCUGCCAUGUAUCACUUGGGAAUUUCCAGCUUGUGUUUCAGCAAGUUUCCUGAUUUGUCACUGAGAGAUGGGAUGGGUGCAACUGCUGCAGGCUGGACCAGAUGCUGAGACUUCAUCAGAAACGUGCUUACAUGGGACAUGAGCAGGACUGGAUCUGUUGCUUUGUUCUGAAGGUCUUGUCCGAGUUUUAAUCAGUUCAAGGCAGUAUUAUUUGCCUCUGCAUCAAAUGAUGAGGUUUUGUUCUUCAGAAAUCCGGGAACAGGGUUCUGUAGUGGGGCAGAUGUUAAAAAACUGGGUUUAGACUGGAUUUCCUACUGACAGUAGGAGUGAAAUCUGUCAGUGUAACUGAUUUGAAAACUACUUUGGAUCCCUCUCAGGAUCCCCUAAAAGUGUUGCUCAGUGUUUCGCCUCUGAAGACAGAAGGAUUGCACCCAGCAAAGUGAGAGAACAGCUGAGAAAAUCAGGGAGGCUGCUUCUCCCAGCUCCUCCUCACUUCAGCCCAGUCCUGGUGUUACAUCUGUCAGCAGGAGACAGCUCCUGGGAGGAUUCUGUCAGGAGAACUGGUGCAUGAGGACAUUCCAAGAAAGGGAAGCAGAAAGAUUGUUUGCUAAACAGCACCCCAGCACUGAUCCUUUACUCGUCAAAUCGGGCUUCUUCUGCUGCUCUGAUGUUCUUGGAGUUUCUGGCCUCUUGGAUUUGUCAAAGACACUUAAUGCCUUCUAGGACACACUGCAAAAAUGUCAUUAUUUGUCUCCAUCAGCCUUGUAACUGUAGAUAUUCCUAUGGCAGCUAAUUCCUCAUGGAGGCAUGACUGGGGAGCAGACACACACAGACUCUGAGAGCAACCAGCUCCAGUGCUGGCCAGUCAGGGAAUGGGUGAAGCAUUGAGCCAAGAACAUGGGAAUCUUUACUGGUUGUUCAGGGAAGUUAAAUGAUAUUCAGAACUCAAACUAUUAAACAACAACAAAAAAAGGUUUUAAUUUUAUCUUGCACUGGCUCUUUUAUUUCCACAGGUUUCUCUCUCCUCACUAUUUGUCUUUCACUUUAUUAUUUCUCAGUGUUGCCUCAUUUAUCUCUGUGUGCUCUCAGAGAAGUUGAUAACCAGAAAUUAUGUUAAAAUUACCUUGGGUAGUAAAUGUUUUACUAUUUCCUUUUAGUCUGCAGGUUGGGAAGAGAUACAGGAUUGGGGUACUGUUGUCUGUUGCUUUGAUUGCUUUCCAGAAAAGCUGGAGCUGAACUUCUUGGGCCAUUUUUUGUACAAGUGGAGAAUGGGUGGUGUGGAGUUUGACUGAGCAAUGUACUUAGAUUGAGCAGAGAUCAGAAGGAACUAAUUACUCUUGUUCUGGACUUUGUUUCAAUUGUG